AUCGAAAAUCAACUUCACAUUCCCCCUGAAAUCUCUGAUGCAGGAGAAGUAAAAUACAUUUCUGGAUUUCGCUUUUCCCACCAAUUUCACCUUGAUCGUGUCCAACGAUGGACGCCUACACUUGUCCAAGUAACCUCCGUCGGACACAUCUACUCUCUGCAGCGAUUAUCGUCAUUGUUUAUGCUCUUACUUGUUCCGCAUGCGAAACUGGCGACUCCGGAAGUGGAAAUACGAUGAGUACAUAUAGGAAAAUGUUGCAAAUGAUGCCUGCCAUUAUUCGGGUUCAUUCCCAUAUGCUUUCUUGCAGUGGGAAGUUGGAGCUCCCAGUUAGCACUUUUUCCCAUAAAAAAACACCACGGCUUUGUAAAUGUGCAUUCAGUUUACUUGAUGCUAGCUUCUUCAAUGAUUCGAAGAUUCUGGAGAUUGUGAAAGGCGUGAAAGAACUCAACAAACCAAUUACCAGAACCAGUAGGAAGUUAGUUGCUUCUGAGAACGGAGGGUUGCACAAUCCGUCUCCUCUGGUUUUUAACGCUCAUUGGAGCAGUAAUAACUCAAAAAAUGCGGCUGUCAGGUUCACUUAUCCUCUUGCUCAUGGUGUCCAGAGGCCAAAUAGUGAAGAAGAUAUAGUCUUCAUGAGUAUUCUUGAACUUGGGCAACUUAUUAGGACGAAGAAAAUUACUUCCAGGGAGCUGACAGAAAUUUUCUUGAGGAGAUUAAAGCGGUACAAUCCAGUUCUUGAAGCUGUGGUGACUUUUACAGAAGAAUUGGCGUACAAGCAAGCAAAAGAAGCCGAUGAGCUACUCUCCAAAGGAGUGGAUUUGGGUCCUCUUCACGGGAUUCCUUAUGGGUUGAAGGACAUAAUAGCUGUACCGGAAUACAAGACGACGUGGGGCUCAAAAUCCUUCAAAAAUCAAGUAUUGGAUACUGAGGCGUGGGUAUACAAGAGGCUGAAGUCCGCUGGUGCAGUUCUUGUUGCAAAGCUUGUGACUGGUUCAUUGGCCUAUGAUGACAUCUGGUUUGGUGGAAGAACGAGAAACCCAUGGAAUAUUGAAGAAUUUACCACAGGGUCAUCAGCAGGUCCUGCUGCCUGCACUUCAGCUGGUAUGGUUCCGUUUGCUAUUGGUUCUGAAACGGCGGGUUCCAUAACCUACCCUGCAUCUCGUUGUGGUGUGAGUGCGUUCCGUCCAACAUUUGGUACUGUGGGCAGAACUGGUGUAAUGAGUAUAUCAGAAAGUUUGGUAGGGUAUCCUACUUUUCCUUUUUUGACUUGCUUCAUAAUUCAUUACAUUCAUUUGUGACAUUUCUUUAAACAGGAUAAACUUGGUCCUUUCUGUAGGAGUGCUUCAGACUGCGCGAUUGUUCUGGAUGCUAUUAGAGGAAAAGACCCGGAGGAUCUCUCGUCAAGAGACAUUCCGUUAUCUAAUCCUUUUGAGGUUGAUGUCACUAAGCUUACAGUUGGAUAUCUCGAUGAUGCGGAGGAGGAGGUAGUCCACGUGCUUCGGUCACUGGGCGUCAAUAUGGUCCCAUUCAAACUAAAUUACACUGUGAAGAAUGUGCAAGGAAUCUUGAAUUUCACCAUGGAUGUAGACAUGCUAGUCCACUUCGAUGAAUGGCAGCGUUCUGGACAAGACAACGAUUACGAAGCUCAAGACCAAUGGCCCACUGAGUUGGGUCGUGCUCGAAUGAUAUCUGCAGUGGAUUACAUCCAGGCUCAAAGAGUGCGCGGGAAACUCAUCAGAGAGGUAAAAAAGGGUUUAACCGUGGAUGCAUUCGUUGGAAAUGUAACCGAUUGGGAAAGGGUUUGCGUAGGAAACCUAGUAGGCAUACCUGUUGCCAUCAUCCCUUCAGGAUUCACCCAGAUAUUUAAUCCACCUUCACACCACACUCGCAGACGAUCUGUCGUGCCAACCGGCAUCUUCGCUCCUCCAGAUCAUGAUCACAUCGCUCUUGCUCUUGCAGUGGCAUAUCAAUCUGUCACAGAUUACCAUAAGCAAAGGCCACCAAUCGACGAUCUUGGUCCAAACGACCCUAUCCCAAAUCAUCCUUAAUCGACAAUAGAUUGGUUCAGGUUUUGUUGGCAUUUAUUUAGUUUCUUUCAAUUUCCAAUUCUGGAUUGGUCUGAUCUGGAACACCUUUUUGAGGUUUUUUUUACCUUAUUGAAUUCAAAUGGGCAAUGCACGUGAAACUGCCAUAAGUUCACUAAAGAUUUUGUUUGCCUAGAAACUAAAAAAGUAAUUUUUGUCUAAAGAUAUGUUCUAAAUGGGAAACCUGUCUUUCUAUUGUCUUAUGUUCUCAACUUCUUAUUGCAGUAAUCCUAGGAUGCUUAAAAUGGUGGGAUUCUCUUGUCUGUAAGGCUGUACUGUUCUAGUCAAUGGUCUACCCCUUUUUGGGCUUUGUUUGAUAAUUCAAAUUCUCAAUAUGUAAUGUUAUGCUUUUUUUUUUUUUUGACUUAGUUUCAAUGUCAAUUAACUUUAUUUAGAUCUUUACAACUAAACAAAAUUGAUAUAUAAUAAUAAUUUAAAUUGAAUCCA